ACUUGUUAAGCUGUAUGAUCUAAAUGCUCAAGCUGAUACUUCUAGGGAGGGAAGAUUCUUACUGGUGGAACUGUUAUAGAGUCAGACGAGUCUAGAAGAAGCAAUAGAAAUGAACAACUCUGUACCUCUAGGACUAAGUAGUUCUAUCUUUACACGCAGACCCGAAGUUAUAUUCAAGUGGAUUGGUCCAUGCGGAAGUGAUUGUGGCAUUGUCAAUGUAAAUAUACCAACCAAUGGAGCUGAGAUCGGUGGUGCCUUUGGUGGAGAAAAAGCAACUGGUGGUGGUCGCGAAGCAGGAAGCGACUCAUGUGAGAUCAAUUAUGGAAAGGAACUGCCAUUGGCUCAAGGGAUAAAUUUUGUCCAAUAAAUUGGCUUGUUGUGAGGUGUGCAUGUUCUGUCAUUUUGUGUAUCCCUGAUCCACGUAAUUGGUCAAGAUUACCCUGUAAAAUCUGCUGUAAAGAUUGUGCUUCCGCUGUGCUGAACCAAAAACCAUAGGCUCCAAUGUUGAAACCAUGGGUGGUUUUAUUUCCAGUUCCAAAUAAAUACAAACAGUUAAAGCAAAAUUGAUACGAAUAGACAUGUCAAUUAUGGCCGCUGUUUCUUUCUGUUUUGUUUUCGUUUCUUUCAAUUUGUAAAAGCUCAACUGGGGCCAUAGGAAUGAUCCAUGAUGACUCGAGAUAAGGGAAGAAACAAACACUUGCAACCUGCUAGUUUCAUUGAUUCAAAGUUGUCAAAUCCAUAUCCUGACAUGCCCACACUCCUUGGGUGAGGGAGAGUUUGGACUUGAUAGGGUGGUGCAUCUAAAGCAAAUGCUCCAACCUCAGGAAAAAAUCUUGCCUACGAGUCACUUUGGUGCCGAUAGGGACUCUAGCUCAUUAGUCCAA